AGGUAACUGGAUCACAGAUCCAGUUCCCUAGAUCAAGAGCCCCUCACCAGCAUCAAGGUGGUGGUAUAUACGGUACUCGUCCUCGUGGCCCUUCAAAAGCAACAACAACAUCAACAACUUAACGUAAUACGAGGAACACUUAAAUUUGGGAAUAAAUAUAACAUUUUAACGUAAUAUGGGAUCGUUUCGUUGAGCGUCAGUGAGUCUGUGAUGCUGUCAAGGUCAUGUUCAGCUGAAAUAUAGAUUUAUCAAUCAAGAAAUACAGCUUUAUCAAUCGACGGUUUAACCGGGUUUUGCAGGUAGUGCCAUUAAGAACUGUAACUGGUGUACUACAAUGGUGGUGACUGGCCAGAUGGAAGGAGGCCGUGGUGUUAACAUGGAUUCUGGUGGACGGGGCAUCUCAACCACCAUGCUCUUGACUGAGCUUGACCGCUUCCUGAAUCUGGCUUUGACAACAUCUGAUAAAAGGAGUCAUGGGGGAAGAAGAGAUGCCAUCAGUGAGGGGGAAGAACAAACCACAGCUGAAACGGCUCUCUUUCUCUUGCGGAAUUUACCCCCAGCUCGACCUGCAGCUCUGGCUUUUCUGGCACACACACUGUCGAGACAGGUGUCAUCUCAUAUGCGAGGAUACAGCGCUGGAGAUAAUUCUCGAAGCACUGAGAUUGUGGAUGAAGGGCUUUCUGGACAACUUGAAGGCUUGUUGGGGGAUCUGUUGGAAUCUACUCCUGGGGUUUGGGGACCUCUUGUUAGCCAGUGGGCUGUAGAACAGUUGGGGCGUUGGUCUGUAGAAUGGGCUAACACAGUAGUAGGUCGUGGUGAUGCUACCCUGGAGGAGGUAGUUGCUGGUUGGUUGUCAUGUAGCCCUGCACGUACUCUGGCAUCACUUACUGUGGUGUGUGUGGCUCAUGAUCCUGAUACUGCUGUGGCUGCUCUUCUUGAUGCAAGUGCUGCUAGUGGACCAGCACUUGACUGGUUAGUAGCGCAUGUUGGCUGUUCCUUCCCAGCUACUGUCAUAAGUCGGGUGCUGGCUCUUGGACUGCGAAGUUUUGCAUCGUGUCAUGGGCGACCACCUGAACACCAGCUAGCCAGUGUUAAUAAGAUUUUGAGUCAUUUGGCAGAUCGCCAUUUGCCAGACAUUCGCAGAAGUCUACAUGCCAUUUUACUACGUACAUUUAAUGGAGCAUCAGAUCCAGAGACAAAAGCUUCAGUUCCAUUUCUGUUGUGCCUAGCUGUCACUAGUAGGUCAAGAGCUGUGUUGGCUGCUCUUACCUCAGGGUUGGACACGCUCUUAAUGCCAGGUGACCGCCUUGCUGCUCUGGCAAACCAAGUUGGAUGGUGGGUUCCAAAAUAUUUUACAACACAUGCCCAAUUACAAGAAAUGGUGGUUCACUUAGUAUUAGAUACAGGUGGAUCUGCUGCACCUUCCCUUCUACAUCUGCUACUCCAGGGGGCAGCACCUACACCUAAAUUACCUGUUGCUGUUGCUUCUGCUGUUAAUAAUAUAUUACAAGGUGUGGUAGGGGAGAUAUGCAUGGUCACUUACAUGAGGAGAAAUGCUGGCUCCAGUCGUAUUCACAUUCCUUUUCUGGUUGGCCUUCGUGGAGGUGGGUUAGACGGAAGUGAUGUGGGAAUGGCAGUAGGUGGUAAAGCCAUAUCUCCUGUUGCAGGCCUUGUAGAAGAAACAUUAGCCAGUCCUGGUAGUCAGGCAGUAAUUGGUCACUUGAAACAGUUGAUCACAUUAGUAGUAGUACAACAAGGACCUGCAACAGCUACUACUACACUUGGUCACCUGCUACACUGUCGCACUCAAGAUGGAACAGUUGGCCUUCAGGAAAUUCUGUCUGCUGUCAUCACAGCUUUGAUGAUAUAUCAUGUGUUCCAACAUACACCAGAUUCACCACUUUCUACUGCAAUUGCUGGGGCACUUCAGCCUCAAACAGGAUCUUCCACUAUCCUGACUUCACUUAUUAGUUUGGAGACCAUGCUUUGUAGAGGUCGUAAAGAAAGGUUGCACAUCCAUCCAUCACUAACAGAGGCCAUUUUGACAAAUAUACCCCUGUUAGCUGAGCUUAUCAAUAACCUUGCACUUGGCACUGCUGCUGUACAGGUGCUGUGUCAGUUGCCUCUGAAGAGACCCAUUCCUGUAGGUCAUACCUUAGGUUUGAGCCAUGCUAUUAUUUUUUAUUUUUUCAGUAGCCUACACGAAUCAAAUGUUACCAAAAAGAUUUGUAAUAUUGGAAGGUGCCAGCGGGUGUUAAGUCAGUUAGCUCACUCCUCUCUUGCUCUCAACCUUAUUAUUCGCCUUCUUGUUGAAGGAGUGUUUCGACCUGAGUGUGCUCAUCUUUUUGGUGCACAGGAAAAAGCUCAAAUUGAUUUAAAGGAAGUUCCUGGAGAAAUGUUAAUCAAAGCCAAUAGGCAGUUUAAUUCAUGGGUGAAAGUUCCCCAGUCUCACACUAGCAUUUUUCACAUGGGUAUUAUUGGAAAUGGGAGAACUGCACCCCACCACCAACAGAACAUUCCCCUCUCUUCUGAUAUAGUCAGACUUCACACUCAGCUCCUGCUUAAUACUCUUAGUAUUUGCUGUGCAUCUCAGGCUAAUGGAGAAGGAGCUUCUACUGUUGCUCUUCUUUUAGUGGAGUUAAUAUCUCCAGAUAUCAUGUUCAAUGGAUUUCCUUGGCCAGAAGAGUAUAUCAAAUUCACCUUCGAGAGGGACCUGGCUAUUAAGAAAACUUUUGAAGAUUACCCCAUAGCAUGGUCUCUUCUUGAAUUUGUGGCUACUCAUCGUGCAGCCCUUAGCUAUUGCUCUGUACUUGUUCGAGCACUAACAGCUGCUCUCACAGCAUACUGGAAUACUUGUCCCCUUUCUACAGCCAAGCAAGCUCCAGAGGCUCUACAUGCUACACGAUAUCUUUUAGAAGUGAUGGUUACUGCUCAAUUCUUGCCAGGUCCUCUGGGGGUGUUGCCACAAAUGGUUGAUGCAUUAGCACCAUUUGAAUUAGUAUGUAUACUUCAGGAUGUAUGGCUGUACAUGCGUGACCAUACUCCCUCACCAGAUCGUUGGUUAGAGUUGCCCUCAGGUCACCACCAACGUACCUCUGAACCGCCCAUGGGUCCCUGCUAUACAGAGCGUAUUAAACGUAUUAUUCAGUCAAAUGUUGCUACGUUAGGGCAUCUCAUGUCUUUUAUGGUAAAUGCAGAACAGUGAAUUGUUAUGCAUUGACUUUUUAUUAUUACAUUCAUAGGAGGCACUAAACCUAUAAGGGUCAUACAGCACUUGUGUACUCUUGUAACUAUGACAGUUUUAAUACAUAAAAUUAAAAAUUACUUUUUCAGCACAACAAAUAUACAACAAGCAUCAUAUUGGACAAUGGAUUAUAUUUUUUAGUUUUAUAGUUGCAACAAUAGGGACUUUAUAUAAAUGACUUUAUUAUCUACCCAUGUUCAACAAAACAUUGUGUGACUCUUUUGUGUUUAGCACUUCCCCAUGAUUGUGAUAAUGCCUAGUAUUAAAAUUUUUAAAAUAAUGCUGGCUUGUUUAAUGCAGGACUACUCGAAGACUUUGGCUAGGUCUCUGAUGAUUUUGUAACAUGGUCAACUUUUGUAACUUAAUAAUAAUUAUAUAGUAACAUGAAAUUCUAAAUAGUUUUCCACCAGAAAUCUGAAUGUGAUUAUCUUGCCACAAAUCAUAAUAAUAGAGAGAAGCACUAAACCCAUGAGGGUCAUUCGCUGGUGUAUUGUUCCUUGGUUUAUUGGAUUUAAAGUCGAAUGACUACCAGGAGUUAUUAAGGUCAGUGCUGUAUUAUAUGUCUGAAGUAAGAGCACAGGAGUAUAUAGGAUCUAUAUCCUCUCAAGGGAGGUGUCCUGAUGUGAGGGGCUGUUAAUCCAAGGAACUGGACUCAUUUUUCCCUUUCCAUGGAUUAAAGCGUAUUGCCUCCCAUUCCCUACAGGUUUCAAGUUUCGCCAUUUAAAAUAAGCCACCACAUGCUGCCUUUAGAAAGGCAACAUAUAGUGCCAUUGAUUAGUUGCUGGUCAAUACAGCAGCUUAGUCUACCUUAACAAAAUUUUGAGCCAUCAUGCACAUGUAUAUAUUCACAGGGAAGCACUAAACUUGUAGGGGUUAUAUUAUUAUUAUAAUCAAAAAGAAGCGCUAAGCCACAGGGCUAUACAGCGUAGGGGUUAUAUAAUGCCUGGGAAGUGGGAGGUAAUCAGAUUUAAUCCGAGGAAAAGGUAUUAUAUUAUAUUAUAUUAUGGGUUUAGCGCUUAAUUAUUACAGUAAUAAUACAGCCUCUCCUCACUUAGCGACUUACUCGUUUAUCGAUGACUUGGAUUUACGACAGGCUCCCCGGCCAGUAUGCAUACCUAAAUAAUGUAUGUAAGAGCUGAUUUCCUCUACAGCCUCUCCUCAACGACAGAGUUCUAUUCCUAAGACCUUGUCGAUCAACAAAUUCGUUGCUAAGUGAGGAGCAUACUAUAAUGGUAGUGGGUUUGUGUCAACCAAUUAUUAUACUGCUUUUUAUGUCACUAUGCACCAUUUUUAACUUUUCUGGUAUAUUUUUAAAUGUUUAUACAGUAGUAUACUGUAUAUUGCAAUAAACAGAACAGAGAAAAUCAGCUCUAAUAUACAUUUAGGUAUAAAUACUGGUCAG